AUGUCCUCCAUAACACUGGAAACAUAUCACUUACCUGACAUUUCUUAUCAUGAUCGCAGACACCUGGCUAGCUCUCCACUGCGGAGUCUGAGGGGCACGUCAGAGUCAUCCGUAUCUUCAUUCGGACUUCAUCCGUCGACUUGGAUUGAGCCUUUACAGCCGCGGAAUACUAGCCCGCCGAGUACCUCGGGCUCGUAUUGGGGUCUACAGAGCCCAAGUGCACCAUCCGGCCUCAGGAUCUCUCAAGGACAAGACUCAGCAACCAGAUCCAGUAGCAGCUCAAGCUCCUCCUCGUCGUUUGAAGCCAUUCCGGUCAUUUUUGGUACUCCGCUAGCCUGUGAAUCCAACUAUUUAAGGCCAGAGUACGAAGAUCAACCGCCCUCUGGUCUAUCCAAGCAGAUCCGAGAGGACAUCUCGAUAGAAAAUUCACUUCCACCGUGCUUUGAGUCAUCUAUCCAAGCACAGCUGAAGACCGACUUGAUGGCAAGUAUGGCAGAUAAUAACACACACAGUUAUGGCUGGCAAAGCCGGCCAUCACAUCCUCUUCAUCCUUCCUCGAUGGCGAUGGACCAACAACCGUUUCCCCAACCACAGACUCUCCCACCAUCGACUGGAUAUCAUGUCGGAUAUCAUACUCCGCAGGCCACAACACAAGGGUUUUAUCAGCCCGGAAUUCCCGCACCUCAGUAUCUUUGCUCGCCACAUCCAGGUCUGCUCCAGAGCCGACAGCAUCCCCGAAGUUCGUCCAUUCCAUAUUCCUUUCCCAACAGCCACAUUGCAGGCAGCCCUCCAACAAUAGCGGAACAAUCGUUCACUUCAUCACCUCCCUCUUACCUAGUUAAUCAUCAAGAAUAUUAUUAUUCCCACGCUCCUUCACUGUCGUCAAAUCCAAGCUCUUUAGCAGUGAGCCCUCAGUCACAACAUAUAAUGACACCAGGAACAGUAUACUCGUCUCCCGAUACAGCACCGGCAGGCUCAGACCCUGAACAGCAAGUCCGUGUCAUCAGCUUUCGGCCGAAACCGCAAUGUUGGGAUCAUGGAUGCAACGGCCGUGAAUUUUCAACAUUUAGCAAUUUGCUGCGUCAUCAAAGGGAAAAGUCAGGCGUGGUUGCCAAAGCAGAAUGCCCCAGCUGUGGUGCCGUAUUUACGCGAACAACAGCUCGAAACAUUCAUGUCUCCCAAGGGAAAUGUAAAGGUGGAGGGAGGGAAACGUCAAGCGAGUGA